GGGGUGUCCUGCCAACUCCCCCUGCUGUGACCCCCAGGUUUUUGACGCCGGGGAGAUGUUUGGGAUCAUGCAAGUGGAAGAAGUGGAGGAUGACGGGAGUGGGGACGAGGCGGCGCGGGAAGUGCGGAGGAAGAAGCCCAACCCUGGCGGCGAGCUCUGCUACAAGGUCAUCGUCACCCACGAGAACGGGCUCCAGGCAGCCGACCCCAACAGCAUCUUCCUCAUCGACCACGCCUGGACGUGCCGCGUGGAGCACGCCCGCCAACAGCUGCAGCAGGUGCCCGGGCUGCUGCACCGCAUGGCCAACCUGAUGGGCGUCGAGUUCCACGGCGAGCUGCCCAGCCCUGAGGCCGUGGACCUGGUGCUGGAGGAGAUGUGGAAGUUCAACCAGACCUACCAGCUGGCCCACGGGACGGCCGAGGAGAAGGUGCCAGUGUGGUACGUCAUGGACGAGUUUGGCUCGCGCAUCCAGCACGCGGACGUGCCCAGCUUUGCCACCGCACCCUUCUUCUACAUGCCCCAGCAGGUGGCCUACACGCUGCUGUGGCCCCUGAGGGACCUGGACACGGGUGAGGAGGUGACCCGGGACUUUGCCUAUGGAGAGGCAGAUCCUCUGAUCCGGAAGUGCAUGCUGCUGCCCUGGGCCCCCGCCGACAUGCUGGACCUCAGCUCCUCCACGCCUGAGCCACCCGAUGAGCACUACCAGGCCAUUUUGGAGGAAAACAAGGAGAAGCUGCCACUUGCCAUCAGUCCGGUGACGCAUCCCCAGGACCACAUCUUCAAGGUCUGUACGGACAUCCAGCAGGUGCUCAGCCACCUGACCCACCCGCGCUUCGCCUUCACCCCUAGCGAGGCGGACGCCGACAUCCUCUACAGCUUCUCGCACUUCAAAGACUACAGGAGGCUCAGCCAGGAGAGGCCCGGCGUGCUACUGAACCAGUUCCCCUGCGAGAACCUGCUGACGGUGAAGGACUGUCUGGCCUCCGUCGCACGCCGGGCGGGGGGCCCCGAGGGCCCAGCCUGGCUGCCCCGCACCUUUAACCUGCGCACCGAGCUGCCCCAGUUUGUCAGCUACUUCCAGCAGCGGGAGAGGCGGGGCGAGGACAACCACUGGAUCUGCAAGCCCUGGAACCUGGCCCGCAGCCUGGACACCCACAUCACCAAGAGCCUCCACAGUGUCAUCCGGCACCGAGAGAGCUCCCCCAAGGUUGUGUCCAAGUACAUUGAAAGUCCUGUCUUGUUCCUGCGAGAAGACGUAGGGAGGGUCAAGUUUGAUGUCCGCUACAUCGUGCUUCUGCGGUCGGUGAAGCCCUUGCGGUUGUUCGUCUAUGACGUGUUCUGGCUGCGCUUCUCCAACCGGCCCUUCGCGCUCAACGACCUGGACGACUAUGAGAAACAUUUCACUGUCAUGAACUAUGAUCCGGGUGUGGUGCUGAAGCAGGUGCACUAUGACGAGUUCAUACCUGAGUUUGAGAAGCAGUACCCAGAAUUCCCCUGGAAGAGCGUCCAGGCUGAAAUCUUCCAGGCCUUCACGGAGCUGUUCCAAGUGGUAUGUGCCAAGCCACCGCCCCUGGGCCUCUGUGACUAUCCCUCGUCUAGGGCCGUGUAUGCCAUCGACCUCAUGCUGAAGUGGGACAACCGUCCAGAUGGCAAGCGAGUAAUGCAGCCACAGAUCCUGGAGGUGAACUUCAACCCAGACUGUGAGCGAGCCUGCAGGUACCACCCGACCUUCUUCAACGACGUUUUCAGCACCUUGUACCUGGACGAGCCCAGCAACUGCCACGUCACCCGCCUCGUCUAGGCGCUCGCAGGCCCUUCUGCUUGUGCUCAGGGGCGGAGCCCAGCCUUAGCUCUCUGAGCUGCUUCUGCACAGUCCUCCUCCUCCCCCUCCCGCUAGGUGCAGCGUCGCCCUCCUGAGCCGUCUCCCAGCUUCACACUCUGGGGGCUCAGGGUCCUCCUCCCCCCUAGGUCAGGAGCAGGGCCAGUCGCAGUGUCCCCGGGGCUGAGUGCCAGGCCCUGUCCACACUCCCCUCACCACUGUCUAUGCGGUGACUGGUCUCAGCUGAGCCAAGGGCUUCAUUCCAGAGAGUGUGGUUUCUGGGCUGCUGUGUUUCCCAGAGUGUCCGUGAAAGAGGAGUUCUGGGGAGCAUGACGAGGUAGCCUCAGAAACAAGGUUCCC